UGCUGUGAAGCUGCUGCAGAGGAAGAGAGAUACGCACACCGGAGGACUGUCACACGCACUUUCCUCUGCGGGGAUAUUCUGUACACUUGCCCCGUUUUUUUCUAACAUACAGUGACUACUUAUGGUGUUUUCUGUUUUGCUCGAUUCCUCCUCUCCAUCAUCACUGGAUAAAGGAAUAUUUAGGAGUAACUGACACUGAAGAGCCCGAAGAAGGAUGACAUUUGUUCGAUUCUUUCCUCUUUAGAGACACUUUGGGUCCGACACGGAGGACGCGUACUGCGCACAUGCCCAUUUGGAUUACCGCACAAUUUUCUGUUGAAUUUGUUGUCAUGAAACGGUGCUGGUAAAUGAAGUUGAACCCCUCGAGCCCUCGUUAGAUGUCGUGGUCCCUCCUCGCGCCCCGAUCCAGAUGAGAGAUCCCCCCGGUGGACCUAAACCCCUUUUACGCAGCCAGUCCCCGGAGCGCAGCGCCGCCGACGCCAGCGGUGAUCCAGAGCGGAUAAGAGCGGAACGUCCGUCCGUGUCCACACUCACGUCUUGUCCCUCUCCUUUGGAUCCCUCCCGUCAGGCUAAAAGGCUUCCCAUACGGAUCGUAAAGAUGUUGACGGCGCACAGCGGCCACUUGCUGCACCCGGAGUACCUCCAGCCCCUCACAUCCGCGCCAGUCAGUAUUGAACUGGAUGCCAAGAAGAGUCCUUUGGCUCUGCUGGCUCAGACCUGCUCUCAAAUUGGCAAACCAGACCCCCCCUCUUCUUCCAAGUUGGCCUCACUCUCCUCAGCCAGUCUAGGAGACAAGGAGUCCUCCAGUCGAUCCUCCAAAUCUGGAGAGCAGCACCAGUCCCUGGAGGACAAGUCCAGCUUCAAGCCUUACUCCAAAUCAGCAGGCGAGUGUCGUAAGGAUGUUCUGGUGACAAAGGGGCCUUCAGAUAAAACCUCUUUCAGGGUGCCAAAUGGAAGCUCUAAUGGUAGCAGUGCAUCGUGUCCGUCCUUUCCUCCCCAUGCCCAGUCGCCCAGUUCCAGCUCCCCUCCCCUGCACACUCACAGCCAGCCCCACAGACAAAGCCAUUCCCCCUCCACACAGCCCCCUUCACACUCCCAGGCCCAGCACAUGGACAGCAAACCUGGAGGCUCAGAGCAGGCCAGCUCGGACAAUAAUAACAACAAUAGUGCGGGCAAAAAAGACUCUGAUACAGCUAAGUCAGGGAUGGAUGGGCCUCAGUUAGCCAACUCCAGUCACAUGCGGGCCAGUGCCAACUCCAGUAAUGCCAGUUCUGCCAGCAGCCCACGGCCCGAGAGCAAGAGUGACCCGCAGGCCUCAUCGCAGCCCGGACUGGGCUCUGGGCACAUUGCCCCAGUGUCUCCUUUUAAACCAGGACAUUCUGUCUUCCCUCUGCCUCCUGCUUCCAUGGGCUACCAUGGCUCCAUUGUUGGGGCCUACGCUGGCUAUCCCUCUCAGUUUGUUCCCAGUUUGGAUCCUACCAAGUCUAGUUUGGGGUUAGGACUUCCAGGGAAGCACCCCAGCUCCAGUCCUCUAACUGGAGCCUCUCCUCCAUCCCUGAUGCAGGGCUUAUGUCGGGACCCGUACUGUUUGACUUACCCCAACGCCCCCCAUCUAGGAGGCAGUAACUGCUCCACCUGUGUCCAUGAUCCUUCAAGCCUUAAGUCUGGUUUCCCCCUGGUUUACCCCUCACACCACCUUCACUCCCUGCACUCCAACUCUUUGUCCUCCAGCACCACCCCGUCCCUGUCUCACCCUCUCUACACCUAUGGGUUCAUGCUUCCUAAUGAACCGCUGCCCCAUGCCUGUAACUGGGUGUCUGUUGGAGGUCCCUGCGACAAGCGUUUUGCCACGUCGGAGGAGCUGCUGGCCCACUUGCGCACCCACACAGCUCUGCCUGGGAUGGUGGACAGUAAGCUAUUGUCAGCCUACCCCUCCUCUGUUUCAUCAACAGCCUCCUGCCACCUCCAUCUGCCCCCACCGAGCAGUCCAGGUACUCUGCCCAGCUCCUUCUCCCUCCGAGGCUCUCCCGGCCUGGGCCUGGCCCGCUACCACCCUUACAGCAAAUCCCACCUGCCUGGAGCCCCGGGGCUUCCCAUGCCGUCCAUCCCCUCCUCUUCAGCCUACUACUCCCCCUACGCCCUCUACUCUCAGAGACUGGGCUCAGCCUCCGCUCUUGGAUACCAGUGACAUCUGAAAUAGUGUUGAUGCCCACAGACUGCAGGCACCAGCUUGGACUCUCCAGAGCGGCCCUGAAGAUGGAUUCUUGAGAUUGGGGUCAUCACCAGUACAGGGCAUCAUGCCCGCUGGCCUGUCUGCCAGGAAUACCACCUGUUAGCCUCAGGAUUGUGACUGGCGCUCUAAAGGCAAAAGACCUGGUGAUGGAUUGUCUGCAGCACAGAACCAAGAGACUUAAAUGAUUAAAGACGGAGUUUCAAAAUGAUGAAAUUGUGGGAUUAUUACCACAGUUUUGAUUUUGUCUUUUGUUUUUUUGUUUUUUUCUCUAUAUCUGUCUCCCAGAAAUGAAAGUCUGUAUUUAUUUUUCACUCAAGCGCUUGGUAUUCAACUCUGAGGGGAUUUUUUUUUUUUUUUUUUUGCUGUCCAAAUAAAUUGUUCUUAAGUAUUCUAACUGAAACAGAAUGAUUUAAGUAUAGUACCAUUAUGCCUAUCAUACACUCUAAAAAUAAAAACUUGCACCAUGAUGAAGAUGGACUGUGAGGCUUUAUUCGAGGGACCUCUUUUUAUCUCUUCACUUCUCUGCUGUUUUUUUUUUUUUUCUUUGUCUUCUUCUGCUUACUCUGACUCUGGAGAAUUGCAUGUCCCCAAGAAUGAUCCUGAACAAUGCCAUUAUUUUUAUUUGUAAAUAUGCAAAGAUGUAAUAUUUUUUCAAGCUCAUUGGUUUAGUGAGUUUGGGUCAGCGUUAUUAAUGGUACAAAGAUAAGUAAAGAUGAUAUAAAUAAAAACAAUUAAUGAUGGCUGUGCUAUCCAAACAACAGGAGAAGGUCUUAUUUUAUUAAAUAAAAGAUACGUGAUUGCUUUUAA